CACUGUGCAGAGACCUCCGGGUGAAGCCACAGUCACCAUGUCUGACCAGGAGGCAAAACCUUCAACCGAGGACUUAGAGGAUAAGAAGGAGGGAGAAUACAUUAAACUCAAAGUCAUUGGACAGGAUAGCAGUGAGAUUCACUUCAAAGUGAAAAUGACAACACAUCUCAAGAAACUCAAAGAAUCAUACUGUCAAAGACAGGGAGUUCCAAUGAAUUCACUCAGGUUUCUCUUUGAAGGUCAGAGAAUUGCUGAUAAUUAUACUCCAAAAGAACUGGGAAUGGAGGAAGAAGAUGUGAUUGAAGUUCAUCAGAAACAAACGGGGGGUCAUUCAAUGGUUUAG